AGGUUUUAUUCUGGCAAGAAAUUAUACAAGGUUGUUGAGGAACAGUUGUGUUCUGUGCGCUGUCGGUCGCGCACGCCUCUCGAUCGUUCACGUUGGAUCAAGUGAAACUCCAAUUUUCCCGUUAGUGCACCCGUUUGCUGCAUUGGAAAGGAUUUUUUGAGCGGCUCGCGGCACUAAGAGCAAUGUCGGCGACAAAAUAUUCACACCCGUUCCUGAACGGCCUGAAGCCGAUACCCGAGGAUUACGAGGAUCCAAUACAGCAGAUACGAGAAUGGAUGAAGAGUCAGCCGCACCUACCGUAUAUAUCAGACGAGUACAUUGUCCUGUUUCUGCACUCAAACUACUGCAAGAUCAAGGAGACCAAAGACACCAUAGAAUGUUACUUUACUUUGAGAAACAACUCUCCUGACAUAUUCACCAACCGCGACCCGCUGUUGCCAAAGAAUAAAACUAUUUUGGAAAUCACGCAAAUGGUAGCCCUGCCAAAGCUAUCCUCCGAGGGUUACCACAUCCUCCUGUAUCGCUUCUGCGACACAGAUUACAGCAAAUUGAACUUUGCGGAUGCUGUACGGGUGUUCUGCAUGUUCAAUGACAUCAAGCUGUCAGAAGACAAGUUGUCUGAGGGCUAUAUCGUCAUCUUCGACAUGAAGGGAUGCAGCCUUGGACACCUUACGAGGGUCACUCUACCCGCGUUACGGGCUUUUAUGGUUUAUAUUCAGAACGCACACCCGUGUCGUCUGAAGAAGAUCCACGUGGUCCACACGGUGUCGUUCAUCAACCAGGUGAUGUGUCUCGUGAAGCCGCUGAUACACUCCAACCUGCUCAACCUGCUCAACUUCUCCUCGGAAGGCCCCGCCUCAGUAGUUGACGUGGAAUGCCUGCCCGAGGACUACGGCGGCGCCCAACCACCCGUCAAACAGUUACACGAAGAGCAACGCAAACUUAUGGAGACGGACUACAAAGAUUGGCUAAUAGAGUCAGAGAUAUUCAAAGUUGACGAGAAGAAACGGAUAAAGAAGCCCAGCAAAGGCAUGUUCGCAAGUUUUACUAGUAGUUUUAAGAGCUUGGAUAUUGACUGAUCUAUUAUAGUCUGGCACGUUCGUUGAUUACACUCCUAUGAUAUGCGGGCGACGAGGGGCAAGACUGUGCGGGUGUGAAAUCGUGCAUGCGGGGAAGUGAGCCUUAGUCCCGGUCCGCUGCCGCAUUGGAAGUGUUACGAACGAAGUUGCCAAGCUAUUAGUAUCAACAAUCCAAAAAUAAAAAAAAACAUCACUUGUAAAUAUUCGUAUAUGUAAAACGGACUGAUUGUAUAGCGUGCGUAGAUAAUAUUGAUUACAGUUCGUGCGCUGUAGCAUGGGGCGGGUGACAAUUCGAUUCACUGUUGAAAGUUUGCCGCGAUUUACGAUAAUAGUUUGUAUUACGUGCGUCAUAAGGCAACUGUCACUCGCACCAUGCUACAGCGCACAUAGUACAGUUUAUGGUAGAAACACAUUGUUAACACAGAGGUACCCAAUUCAAAUUAAUAGGUAGGUAAUUGUACAGAUUUGCGACGGACAAACUUACGAUUAAAACUACUAAUUAUAUUUAUUAGGACUUCUUAAGGUCUUUAUAUAUUUUGAUAGCGAUAUUUUAUGGAACAUAAUUAUGAGGAUGAGAUGCACUUUUAGAGUGUUAUGUACCUAAAAAGUUAGGGUAAGGUAACCUUUCAAAAAUGCAUGAGGGUUAUGUACCUAACAAGUUAGGGUUAGGAAACCAUUUACCAUCUUUUCCACUUGAAACUCUAUCGUGUUGAGCAUGGAAAACACGCGAGUUUUCAGUUUUCUAUUGUAAACCAAUCGAUUUCUGAAUAACUUUCACGUGUACCACUCUGCUUUUAUCGUUUUGGGCGUUGGUAACCGAUACUCAUUGUACUCUUUGCGUCGGGUGCGCCGUUGGACAAGACAGUAUGUUUCUAUCAUUAUACUUGUAACUUUUGUUCUAUAGUUCGCACGCCGAAUGAUGAUCCCUGUGACGUUUCAACUGACAGUUGUAUUAGUGAUGCGAAACAAUUUCAUAACAGUCAUAACAUAAAGUCGAUAACAGCUUGACGACGUAACUUUUGCAGCACGUGUGCGUGCUGACAUUUAAAUUUCAACUGUCAGUUGAAACGUCAUAGCGAUCAUCAUUCGGCGUGCGAACUAUAGUAGUUAUAUAAUAUUAGUUUCCUUUAAACGACUAUGAUUUAUAAAUGUUUUUAAGCACAGGUUUCGAAACAAUAAUAUGAUAUGCUAUUUGAUAAACAUUUAUAGAAAUUUGCUCAAAUUUGCGUUUAAUAUGUAAAUAUACAUUAAUGAUAUAUGUACCUACAUAUCAUGUAAAAAUAUAGCAAGUAGUACAUUUGUACCUUUUAUAAAUUAUUCUUUAUCACUUUAUGACUCUAUGAUAGAAAAUCAAAGAUCAACCUAAAGUUCUAACACAUAUGAACGUGACAUAAUAAAGUAGUAGGUAAACUAAACGAAAUAAAGAUAUUAAAGCUAGUUAAGUUUAUUUAAAUCUCACGAUUAAAUUCUAUUGCAAAGAACGGUGUCGGUCUAGGGAAAAUAAGUUAUGUCCAACUAAACAGGUUUUUUUGUGGAACUACCUAUAUACAA